GUGCAUAUUGCGCAUGCUGUGACUGUUGCAUGGAUAAUCUUUAAUUUAAGUUGCGCGCCAAAGUCUUAAGCAGGUGUAACAACCAACUUAGUGUCGAUUUAAAUAAUUCGGUAUUUUAAGUAAAGCUUGCACUGAAUGCACACACCGCCGGUUCGUCAGCUCGUUACAAUACUGUACCAUAGCACAUUACAAUUCGUUGGGUGAGUAAAUGUUAAGUGUGACAUUCGUUAAGCUUGUAACAUUCGUCAAUUCCAUAUGAAAACAGUACAUUUUGAGUAUAACAUUGGCUAAUAUGUUAUUAACAGAUUACUGCUAAGCAUCAAUUUUGUUGCAAUUUGUUGUUGUUUUUCUCGUCACCGCAGAGCAAGCACGUCCGUAACGGAAAUUCUUGUCAACAUUUUUCGCGCUCUACGUUUUAACGGCGCCCGGUCGUCGUCGCCGUCGCUGCCAACAUUGUCAACCGCAGCGGCGUCACAUCAAGACAAAAAAAGAAAAACCUAGGAUCAUAACAGAAAAGACUGCACCGCUCUGCCUUAAGCCUCGCCGCGGAAUACGUACGGAGACAGAGACGUUGACGGCGACGUCGACUGCAGCAGAGAGAAGAGAGAGCCUGGACUAGAAACAGAAAUAUCAACGGGAUAGAGUGCGAUAGAUCCAGAGAGAGGCAGAGAGAGAGAGAGAGAGCAUCGCAGACAGGCUACAUACACACACACACACACAUACACACAUACACACUCAAGAUGAGCUCUUAUCUGGAACUUUUUGGAUUGUUUGUGCUGCUGAUGCUGCCCUUUCUAUACGAGACGAAUCACAUAUUCCGAUAUUAUUUCAAGUUUUUAAUCUAUUAUGGAAUCGUCUCGUUUAACUCGAUUAUUCUGAUACCGGCGUUUCUCACGCGGCCCUGCGAUGUGCGCAAUUUACUCUGGGCGAGCACCUGGUGUCAUCGGGUCACGGCAUUAAUUGGCCUGCGCUGGGAGCUGCGCGGCAAGGAGCAUCUGGAGAAGGAUCAGGCCUGCAUCAUUGUCGCUAACCAUCAGAGUUCACUGGAUGUGCUGGGCAUGUUCAACAUCUGGCACGUGAUGAACAAGUGCACGGUGGUGGCCAAACGGGAGCUGUUUUAUGCCUGGCCAUUCGGCUUGGCCGCCUGGCUGGCUGGGCUCAUAUUCAUUGAUCGUGUGCGCGGCGAGAAGGCGCGGGAUACGCUAAAUGCGGUCAAUCGUCGGAUUAAGAAGCAGCGCAUCAAGCUAUGGGUAUUCCCGGAGGGUACACGCCGCAACACCGGCGAACUGCAUCCGUUCAAAAAGGGCGCCUUUCACAUGGCCAUCGAUCAGCAGAUACCGAUACUGCCGGUGGUCUUUAGCUCCUAUUGUACAUUCCUCAAUGAUAAGAAGAAAAUACUGAACGCUGGACGGAUUGUGAUUACGACAUUGCCGCCGGUUAGCACCGAGGGACUCACCAAGGAUGACAUCGAUCAGUUAAUGGAACGUGUGCGCGCCCAAAUGUGCGAAACCUUCAAGCUCACCUCCGCGGAGAUGCUGCAACGCUAUAAGCCACAUAAAUCCAUAUCGCCGUCGGUGGUCAAUGGCGCCGAGGCAGUUGCUGCAGCCGUCGCCAAUAGCUCCGGCUAUGCGCAGCUGCACGUGGGCGCCGCUGCCGCCUCCUACGAGACGUACAAGAGCAGCGCCGGCAAGGCGACCAUGCUGAAGACGCUAUAGGCGUGCGAUCUAUAGCUCUCUCUCUCUCCCUAUAUAUAUAUAUAUAUAUAUAGGUAUAUAUAGGUUUCUAUGGCAAACUUAUGAUGGCGCGACAAUUGUCGACGAUCGAGACUUUUCUUUCCUUAAACAACACGCAUACCAAAAACAAAAAUAAGAGAAAAAGGUAGCCAAACAAAAAAAAAAAAG